CUGACCAAAUUAUUUAUUUUGAUUUUUGUUCGGGUCAAGAUAUUGUAGAUCGAAAAGAUUGUCGAAAAUAUUUAUUUUGGUCAAAGUUCACGCUAAAAAUAUUAACCUAUUUUGAGCUCGGUAGUUGAACCCGAACGUUCAUUGAUCAAAGCCGUCGGUGUUCUUAAAGGCCGGAAAGCAACGCCACAUUCUUCCCAAAUUCUAUUUGCAGAGAUGAAAUGCCGAAGGCCAGAAAGUUACCUGCUUCCCAAAUCCUUCUCUUCCAAACCUCUUCUUAAGCUUCUCGAAUUCGAGAAAAGCCCUCAAUCGAAGCUUGCCCUAAUCGAUUCAGCGUUUCUUCACCGCGAUAAUUACCCUUCCGUUCAUGUUAUCCACCAUAUUCUCCGGCAGCUCUCUGAGUCGAAUCAUGUCCUCCUAGUCACCCGCGUCGUUGAACUCCUCAAAGCCCGUAAAUGCAAGUGCCCUGAAGACCUCGUUCUGACGGUAAUCAAGGCUUAUUCGCAGAAUAAAAUGGUUGCUGAAGCUUUACACACCUUCGAGAGAAUGGAGGAGACUUUUCAGUGCAAGCCCGGGAUUAGGUCGUACAAUACGAUGCUUAAUGCGUUUGUUGAAUCGGAGCAGUGGAAGAAAGCAGAGGAAUUUCUCGCUUAUUUUGAAACGGUGGGUGUAGCGCCUAAUUUGGAAACUCAUAACAUUUUGAUUAAGUUUUUGUGCAAGAAGAAGCAAUUAAACAAGGCGAGAGAGUUGUUGGAUCGAAUGUGGGAGAAGGGUUUAAACCCAGAUGUGUAUAGCUAUAGUACUGUGAUGAUUGGGUUGGUGAAAGGUGGGGACUUGGUGGCUGCAUCCGAGGUGUUCGAUGAAAUGUCUGUGAGAGGAGUGGUGCCUGACGUCACUUGUUACAAUAUAAUGAUAGAUGGGUCUUUCAAGAGUGGGGAUUAUUGCAAAGCUAAGGGUAUUUGGGAGGAUUUGGUGAAAAGUUCUGCUGUGUUCCCGAGUGUGGCUACUUAUAAUAUAAUGAUUGAUGGCUUGUGCAAGUGCGGUAAGUUUGAUGAGAGUUUGGAAAUGUGGGAGAGAAUGAAGAGGAAUGAGCGAGAGAGGGAUGUGGUUACCUGCAGUAGUUUGAUUCAUUGGUUGUGUAAGGUUGGGAACACUGAUGGGGCUGUGAAGGUUUACAAGGAGAUGGUCGAAAGGGGGAUGAUGAUUGAUAUUGUUACUCAUAAUGCAAUGCUCGGUGGGUUUUGUGAGGCUGGGAGAAUAAGGGAGUGUUUUGAGUUGUGGUUGGCUAUGGGGAAGCAGAAUUGUCGUAAUGUGGUCAGUUAUAACAUUUUGAUUAGGGGAUUGUUGGAGAAUAGAAAGGUCGAAGAAGCAAUGUCGGUAUGGGAGAUUCUGCGAAAGAAGGAUUGUGGGCCAGAUUGUGUAACUUAUGGAGUUUUAAUUCAUGGUUUGUGUAAGAAUGGCUUCUUGAAUAAGGCCUUAAAAUUUCUUGCAGAGGCUGAAGAUGGAGGUGUUGAAGUUGUUCUGGAUGCUUUUGCAUAUUCUUCAAUGGUGGAUGGCUUAUGUAAAGAAGGGAGAGUGGAUGAAGCUGUGGCCUUUGUCCGCAAGAUGGAAAGCCGGGGUUUUACGUUAAGUCCACAGGUUUUCAACCCACUGAUUAAUAGUUUCGUACAAGCUACCAAGCUGGAGAAGGCAAUUCAAUUUUUCAGGGAAAUGGAAUCGAAAGGCUGCUCCCCAACCGUGAUCUCUUAUAAUACCCUUAUAAAGGGUCUGUGCAAAGCUGGACGGUACACAGAGGCACAUUCUUUUGUGAAGGAAAUGCUGGACAAAGAUGGGAAGCCAGACAUGAUAACUUACACUUUGUUGUUAGAUGGCCUUUGUCAAAGUAAGAAGAUCAACGAGGCUCUAAAUCUUUGGCAGCUAGUUCUUCAUGAUGGCUUUAAGCCAGAUAUAAUCAUGCACAACAUUUUGAUACAUGGACUUUGCUCCGCGGGCAAAAUUGGAGAAGCCUUAAGAUUUUUCAAAGAGAUGAAGAGCUCCACAUGUCUUCCAAAUCUUGUUACAUACAACACCCUUAUGGAAGGUUUUUUUAAGCUCAGAGGACGACAAGAGGCAUUGGCUAUAUGGGCAUGCAUUUUAAGAAAUGGGUUACAGCCAGAUAUCAUUUCAUAUAACAUUACCCUUAAGGGGCUUUGCUCAUUUGGCAGAAUAUCAGACGCCGCCAGAUUUCUGGAUGAUGCACUGAAUAAGGGAAGGAAUCCAACUCGUGUAACAUGGAAUAUCCUCGUAAGGGCCGUGGUUAGUCAUGGGAUUUCCUGAAUUGUUCCUGACCCGACGAAAACAUGGAUAUGUAAGUUCGUCAUGUCUGAUAGUUCAUAGUUAUAGUCAGUGAAAGAGAAGAGUCCACCAUUGUGUUUUCGUGGGAAGAUGUUUCAUGUUUUUGUCUCUCAUUCUCAAUUUCUAUCUAUUCAACGUAGUCAAAGUAGUCUUUUAGCAAAGGUCUUAUAUUCUUUCUAACAGUGUUUCUAAUCUGAUUAUGCAGUAUGCAGGGUCAAACAAUUAUAUAGAUGAUAUUACACUGAGGCCUCUGGAAAUUUGGUGAGUAUCUAGUAGAAAAUCACUAGCAUCUAAACUCUAUUAGUGUGUGAAGUGGGAGAAUUGUUGUUUUAGGCAUAUAAGUCUCGUUUUUGAAUCGUUUACUCUGAAAAUCCUAUAAGCUUUCAACUCUUGUGCUUUUUUUCCUUCCAGGUUCAACUCUGCUCACAUGGCUGCAUCAUGAUGUGUAUGAACGAACCCUGAUGAUCAAUGCACACAUAAUUCAGAAACGACAAUGCAAACUGGUAAUGCAUUUUCUAAUGCCUACAAACUGUGGCGAACUUUACAAAAAGCAUCUCUGCGUUGCAACUUCGGUUACAUGUGACGUGGUGUUGUGAGUAAUUUCACCAAGAUACAAGAAAUGUGAUGCUACAGAAAUUUGCUGGGCGUAUCAAACUCAAGUUGCAAGUGUCACACUUGGGUCUAUUAACUCAUGCUAAAUUCACUUUCCCAAAAAAAAAAAAAAAAAACAAACUCAUGCUAUUUUCACACUGAAUCCAUCAUUGCUCUUAUUUGCCAGCCUUUUCCUUCUGCUCUAGCUUUUGUAUGUCUGAUGAUGAUGACAAGUUCUGCUCGUUGGCGAACCGAGUGAUCAGCCCGACUAAGAGUGCUCCUAAAUUUAUAUCGAUUCAACAUAUUCAAAAAAUUCUUUUACAAAAGGUCUUAUCUUGUUUCUAACAGUGUUUCUAAUCUGAUCAUGCAGUUUGCAAAGGCCAGCCAAUUAUACAGAUGAUAUACACUGAGGCCUCAAGAAAUUUGGUGAGUAUCUAGUUGAAAAACUACUAGCCUCUAAGCUAUAUUAUUGUGUGGAGUGGGACAAUCGUCGUUUUGGGCCCAUAAAUUCUGAAUCGUUAACUCUGAAAAUCCUAUUAGCUUUCAACUUGUGAGCUUUUUUUCCUUCUAGGUUUAACUAUGCUGCAACUUCACCCACAUGGGUGCAGCAUCAUGUAUAUGAACGAACCCCGAUGAUUAAUGCAUACAGAAUUUAAAAACGACUAUGAAAACUGGCAAUGCAUUUUCUAAUGCCUUUUACAAUAUGCAUCGCUGCAUUGUAACUUCGGUUACAUGGUACUUGGUGUUGCGAGUAAUUUCACCAAGAUACAAGAAAUGUGAUGCUACAAAAAUUUGCUGGCCGUAUCAAGCUCAAGUUGCAAGUGUCACACUUGGGUCUAUUAACUCAUGCUAAAUUCACAUUCCCAAAAAAAAAAAAAAAAAAAACUCAUGCUAUUUUCACACUGAAUCCAUUAGUCAUUGCUCUUAUUUGCCUGCCUUUUCCUUCUGGUCUAGCUUUUGUAUGUCAUGAUGAUGACAAGCUCUGCCCGUUGGUGAACCGAGUGAUCAGCCCAACAAAGAUUGCUCCUCAAUUUCAAUCGAUUCAACAUAUUCAAAAAAUUCUUUUACAAAAGGUCUUAUCUUGUUUCUAACAGUGCUUUUAAUCUAAUCAUGCAGUUUACAGGGGUCAGACAAUUAUACAGAUGAUAUACACUGAGGCCUCAAGAAAUUUGGUGAAUAUCUAGUGGAAAAACUUCUAGCCUCUAAGCUCUAUUAUUGUGUGGAGUGGGAUAAUCGUUGUUUUUGGCCCAUAAAUCCUGAAUCGUUAA